CAUCUGAGCUCAAGCAGAUAGAUGGCGUAGCGACAUUGCUAACCGAAUCCUGACGUUUAGCCCUCCCCUCAUUGUUUUACUGAAUAAGAGGAGGAUACAGCACUACAUGUUAUAUUUGCUCAUAGCAAACUGAAAGCGAAGAGCACAGACUCUAUUUGAGCCGUUUUGUUUUUGAACGAACCGAGUAAUGUAGGACGGAUGGUGUAACGUAAAAGUACUAGCAGCCUGCUAGCGCUUCACAUAUGUGUUUGUAUGUGUGUGUGAAGCCAGGACGCGCAGAGGCUUUUUUACUCAACACUACGAAAGAAAAGUGCGAAAGAAUUUACUCGGCUAAGCAAAUAUCAGGAGUCGCUGGCUUGGAUUUAGGCUCGUUUUAUGAGCAAGAAGAGAAGAGAGGAGCAGUAAACUUGACUCAGGAAUGACGGACAUGGCUGCAGUGUCGCCACAUUCAUAUAGGUCUGAUUGAGCAGAGCCGUGAGCUACUCAGUGCGUCAACGCUCGGAUGGAAUGAUCCAGCAGGGUGACUAAGAGGAGGAAGAAGGGGGGAGAGGAUGGGUGUGAAUGCCUCCAGCUACCCUCACUCGUGCUCCCCUCGAUUCGGGGGUAACCCGCAGACCUUCAUAGGCGCCUCCUAUGCACCGCAGGGUUAUGGCGGCGAGUCCAAGCUCUACAGCCUAGAAAAUGGCCCUGAAAAACCUCAGGACAAAAAGAAAAAGAGCUCCGGUUUGGCCACGCUCAAAAGGAGAUUCAUUAAGCGACGCAAGUCCAGUCGGUCUGCCGAUCAUGCACGGCAGAUGCGUGAGCUCCUCUCGGGGUGGGACGUGCGCGACGUCAAUGCCCUGGUGGAGGAGUAUGAGGGCACGGCAGCCCUCAAAGAGCUCAGUCUGCAGGCAGGCCUAGCCCGCCCCGAGGCUCGCACCCUGCAGCGUGAUUUAGCCACCCUUUAUCAGCACAAGUACUGCACUGAUGUGGACCUGAUCUUCCAGGAUUCCUGCUUCCCAGCACACCGAGCCAUUCUAGCUGCCCGCUGCCCAUUCUUCAAGACCCUGCUUUCGUCGUCACCAGGUUACGGGGCAGAGGUGUUGUUGAAUGUUGGGACGGCAGGCAUGGAUGCGCCCAUGUUCUCCUCGUUGCUGCAUUACCUCUAUACAGGUGAGCUGGGCUCGGAGGACGUGAGGUUGCAGAAUGUGGAUGUGCUGGUCAGACUGAGUGAGGAGUUCGGUACGCCCAACUCCUUAGAAGCUGACAUGCGAAACCUCUGUGAGCACAUGCCGUAUUUUGACUCGCUGCUGAGCUUCUCCUCGGACUCUGAGCUGGUUGAGGCUUUCGGAGCAGGUGGACCUGCUCCUAGUGCCAUGGGAGGUGGAAACGCAGGGGUGAACCACAGCUCGCCUGAAGAGGAGCUAAGGGCCCACAAGGCUGUGCUUUCGGCGCGCUCGCCCUUCUUCCGCAACUUGCUGCAACGACGCAUUCGCUCGGGGGAGGAGAUCACCGAGCGAACUCUGCAAACCCCUACCCGUAUUAUCCUCGACGAAUCCAUCAUUCCCAAGAAAUACGCCUGUGUGGUCUUGCACUGCAUGUACACCGAUGCAGUGGACCUUUCACUAGUGCUGCGCGGGAGCCCUUCUGAAGGCAGUCUGGGUGAAGUUCAGGCGCUGGUGGCUGGGAGAGGGUACAUGAGUCGGGCCGAAGAGGCCAUGGAGCUCUACCACAUCGCCCUCUUCUUGGAGUUCAGCAUGCUGGCCCAGGGCUGUGAAGACAUUGUGGCAGACAGCAUCUCGCUGGACUCUGUGGUGGCCAUCCUGAAGUGGAGCUCACAGCCUUACGGCUCCAAAUGGGUUCAUCGGCAGGCCAUGCACUUCCUGUGUGAGGAGUUCAGCCAGGUCAUGACCUCUGACGUCCUCUACGAGCUUAGCAAGGAGCACCUGCUGGCGGCCAUUCAGUCUGAUUACCUGCAGGCCAGUGAACAGGACAUCCUCAAGUAUGUUGUAAAGUGGGGCGAACACCAGCUCAUCAGGAGGAUGGCCGAUAGAGAGCCUAACCUGUUAAGUGGUACUGCACAUAGUGUGAAUAAACGUGGCGUGAAAAGAAGGGAUCUGGACCUGGAAGAGCUUAAAGAGAUACUUUCUCCACUGCUGCCUUUUGUCAGAACUGAGCACAUAUUACCAACCAACAGUGAGGUCCUCUCUGACACUAUGAAGAGGGGUCUGAUCAGCACCCCUCCCUCUGACAUGCUGCCCACAGCAGAAGGAGGCAAAGCCAACGCCUGGCUCCGGCAGAAGAGUGCUGGCAUUUAUGUUCGCCCACGGUUAUUUUCUCCUUAUGUGGAGGAGGCCAAGGUGGUUUUGGAGGAGAUGAUGGUUGAGCAGACUGACCUGGUUAGGCUGCGCAUGGUUCGCAUGUCCAAUGUACCCGACACACUCUACAUGGUAAACAAUGCCGUCCCCCAGUGUUGUCACAUGAUCAACCACCAGCAAAUGGCUGGCAGCCAGACAGCUCCGCCAUCUGUGGUUGCUAAUGAGAUACCAGUGCCCAGGUUGGCAGUAGUGAAGGAAAUGAUCCGUAGGCUGCAGGAGCUGCGUCACACAGACCAAGUGCAGCGAGCAUAUGCUCUGAACUGUGGUGAGGGCGCCACAGUCAGCUACGAGCUGCAGAUCCGUGUGCUUCGAGAGUUUGGCCUACCUGACGGGGGUGCAGAACUCCUACAGAAUCCGCACAAAUUCUUUCCCGAGGAGCGUUUUGGAGACGAGAGUCCCGUCCUGGCCUUACGCCAAUCAGGUCGCUGCCGGGUCAACAGUACACCAGCUGUGGAGAGCAUGUUCACUGACCUGGAGGCUCUGGUGGGCUUCCGCCCCCCUCUGCCCCCUCCUCCUCCACCCUACCAUCCCCCGGCCACCCCGGGCCAUAGCCAGCAGCAGUAUAAAACGGGUUGGAGACCUCGGGUCCCCACCCAACCUCCCUCCAGAUCUUUCUCCUACCCCUGCAAUCAUGCACUCCUCCACAGACAGCCCUCUUCCAAGAUGGGCAGCCCAGUCUACCCACCAGGAGCCAAGCCCCUGCCCCCAGACUGCACUAAUGCACAGGGGGGGAGGAAUCUUCAUCCUGACAAGCAAAUGCAGAACAUGGAGCCUGUUAUCAACGAGUUUAUGCCGGACAUCGCCAUGGGUGUUUCGGCAAUGAGCCUGAAGGAGCGGCGCCUUCUGGAGGUCUCCAUGGAGGUGGAGAGUCACGAAGCCCACCCUCACCUUUCUACAGCUCCUCCCAUCUCCCAGAGCUACUCUAGUCGUCACCCGCACUCUUCCCGUAAGCGGCACGCAGCCGAACCCAAGCCUGAGGGCCCACAGCCUGACUUCCCAGAUCUCUACGAGUUCCCAGGCCGUCACGUGCCUCCCUACAGUGGACCGGACCUCUAUAUCCACGGCCGUCAGGCAGGUGGUGGAGCACCACCUCCAUCCUACUCCGAGGCUUCAGAAUCCCUUCGCCUGGAUGUGCUGGAACAGCCUCCGCAGAGACUAGGCUUGGCAGUCGUCUCACAAGGGGGCGUUGCACAAGCCGUGCAGAGGCCAUGGCCCGUAAAUGAGACAGACCUCACCUGUGGGCUUGGCCCCUCCACAGAACAGUAUGAGGAAUGGCCCAUGGGACGCCGGCCUGCUCCAGAAGGAAUGGGGCUGAGCUUAGGAGCGAACGUUGGGUCUGGGGACGAGGGAGGGUUGGGUACCCGAGACCGCAGGUCACCCAGCAAACCUGAAUAUCCCUACAGAAAGUCUGCUCUCUGACCCCUGAUUAAAAAGAGACUGAGGACUGAUUUAAAUGCUAAGUGUAAGCUAACAGGUGAGGCACCAGCAGUCCUGCACUUUGUGUUCUUUCGAGGGCCGACAGUAUCUUGAAGUGAUGAACACCCAUAAGCUACAUGAGUGGCUGCUUUUCUGAAAGCUAGAGGGAGAUGUUGUGUAAACUGCUCUGGAUAGGUUUGAAACCCAGUAGGGAGGAAGGAGAGCUUGGUUUGGUUGUGUGCACCCUGGAAAGAGGUCAAAAAUGCAAAAUAUUUUAAUCUGAGAGGUCCAAGGACUUCAUUCAACAGCCCUGAAAUUUCUUUCAUUGAUCUGUAUAUCCAGGUUCUCAGAUUUCCCUCACAUGCUGCAUAUUAAUGUACAGAUAUCACAGUAUAUUUCUUUAACUUUCAUUUCCCUGAACAGACCUUAAUGACUGGAGAAAUACACAUUCAUCUAGAUGCACAGAUUUCAUUCCUUAGGAGUAAAGUGAAAAAAAUAUGAAGGCACCAAGUUGCAAACUCAUUAUUUUGUCUAGUCCUUGACAAACGGCUCUUUCUUCUUUUGAGGGCAGAGUGGCAGUAAUAGCUCGUGUAAUCUGCUGCAUAUGCCGGCUUUUACAUUAGCCUGUGCAAUUUAAAAGCCAAGAUGGAACACAAAAGAGAAAACAAAUGAAAUCCCCUGUCUCCUAUGAGGCAACUUAUCAGGCAUUACAGUGGCACAGAUGCACCAUUAAAUGUGAAUGGGGCUUUGUUUUAGCGUGUUCCACAACUCAGAUCUUCAGAUUCAUUUCCAGUGUAUUUAACUUUAAAAACUAUCUGUCCUCUCAAACAAACAUUUGGCAUCCUCUUUUGCAUUCAGUAUCUCUUUCCAUGGCUGCAGUUGGUGGCAUUACAGAGAAAUGCAAAUAUGGGUUGAUCAUUAUCAGCCUCGUUCUCUAGAACUGUACAGGACGCUCAACCAAACCAACCUCACACCACAUCCUCUGUCCUCUGGUUCAGUAGGAUGGCAGCAGUCCAUGGCUGGGAGUUCAUUAGCUUUUCUGUGCUGCUUCUGUCAGCAGAUGACCAACAAUUAUGAUGUCAUGAACAGGCUUUGCAAAAAAGAUAAUUCUUGGAAGUGUCAUGGACACAAGGAUUUAAGAGUAUGGACUUUUGAUUUGUUACACAACACUUUCAGAAACAACAUCAUACACACUGCUGCGCACCAUACCUAUAGAUGAAGUGACUUAUUUUAAGCUUUUUUAACAUCUGAAAUACCUGUAUUCUUAAAUAAUUGUGCAAUAGUGCAGAUUUUUCAUUUUAAAUAUUCAUUUUGCUUUCUUCUCCUUAUAACCUUUCUCAGAUUAUACUGACACAGCAAAUAUGCAGGCUAGUUCACCCAAAAAUGCAAAUUCUGUUGUCAUUUACUCAUCCUCAUGCUGUUCCAAACCUGUGUGACUUUUUUCUCUCUAUAGAACACAAAAGAAGAUAUUUUGAACAAAUGUUUUUGUCCAUACAGUCAAAGUCAGUGGGGUCCAAAAACAUCAACAUUGGAUUGCACCCCAUUGGCUUUCAUUGUUUGGACCAAAAAACUUGAGACAUUGUUCAAAAUAUAUUUUGUGUUGUGUAGAGAGAAAAUAUAUCACACAGAUUUGAAACGACAUCAGGGUUAGUGAAUGAUGAAAGAAUUUGCAUUUUGGGUGAACUAUCCCUUUAAGAUAAUCAAUAAUAGCCUUUCCCCGCAAGUGAUGAAGGUACAGUAUUCUCACACGCUCAAAAAUUAUUAUAUAAGAAUCUCUCGUUCUGUUAGACUGGAUGGAAUCUCUGUUGAAUAUCCAAAUGAUCCUCAGCUAUAUUCAGCCCACAUUUUUCACUUUGAGUGCUUCUUUCUUUGGAGCACAAGAAGCGUUUUAUUGGUUGAAAGCACAACGUACUGAGAAAUACGAAGAAUGUCAUUUUAUAUCUUGUCAGAUAAAAGUGCUCAGACCAUUUAUACGCUGGUAAAAGGCUUGAGUUUCAGUUUUCAGUUUUUUUUGUUUUUUUUUUAAAGAACCCACCGUUAGACCAAAGAUGAGUUUGGGAGGAUGUUUGUGUUGCUUGGUGAAUCUCUGAAGCAUUUUAUUUUAUCUACCGGAGUGGGGGCUUUCCGCAAAUUAAACUGAAACCCUUGGGUUGAGAUUCAUGUUUAUUACACAGACUCUUUGGUGACUGUGACCAUAAAAGGAAAAUUUAUCAUCGAUUGAUUUUAUCGAUCUUUCCGCAGGCACUUUGACUUACUGAGUUGGCCUUAAGAGUUGUAGGGUUACUGCUGUAUCUGUAGUUACGGACUUAAGACCUUACCUUGGGUAACGCAGUUCUCCGUCUUAAAUCACCUAAGGUCUUCUGUGCCAGAGAGACUCUACCUCUGACCAGCUUCUCUUAACAUAUUUCAGUCAAAUUUCGAUUUUCCUUCUUUAUAUUCUUAUCAACUUAUUCAGACCUCUUGAGCCUCACCUUGAGCAUUUAUCAUUGAGGGACCAGAACCAACAGCUGGAAAUCAGAUUUUCUUCACUUUCUCACAUAUGUUUGUAAGGUUCCUCAUCUUCUUUCCUUACACUUGCUGUUUUAUUAGAUUCAACAGAACAGCACAGUUAAGAUGUUUGAGCAGAAAGUGAGGAUGGUAUAAUCUUGCACGAUAAUUAACUCAAUCUACCAUUAUCACAGGUGUUAUUUUGGCAGUAAGCAUUGUCCAUCUAGCCUUUGUCGUUUUUUCAGAAAUGUUAGCUGCCUGAUGCAGUUGCAGUGCAAUGAACGGGUCCUCCUGGACUCCUACUGUAGCCCACCUCUUGAGUCAAGCCUGAAAGUGUCAUGAACCCUGGGUGGGAGAGCUCCAGUUCACCAUCCUGCAAAGCUUCAGAGAGUCAGAUCCAAAAAUAGAUCCAACGUAGACCCUGGCUGGGGUGCAAGUGAUCUCCUCAGAGAGUUGAAGUCAUCUGAAUCGGACUGAGAUUGGUAGGAGGCUAUUUGUCUUUUCUGAAUCUCAAGGACGUAGCUCUGCAGUUCUCUCUGUGCCAGGCUUAUCAGAUACAUGAAGAUCUUCAGUCCCUGUUGAAAAUGGUUAAACCUUUUCAUUGGCGUAUAACAAACUUCAUAAUAUAUGAGAUUGAGCUUUCAGUAAAGUAUCUGUGGUUCUUUUAAAAUGCAAUGCAUCGCAGCCUACUUAAGGCUAUCUUCCCUGACCUCAUUCCACAGCAAAAAGAGGAUGAGUGAACCGAUUUACUAAACACAAUUAUUUAGAAUAAAGAUAUUUUACCACGGAUUUGUUUCACAGAGCAAGUGUCUCACUCAUAAACUUCAUUUUACCUUGUGGAUCCUCCAGGUUUCUUGUCAGCGUGACGACGACAUCUCAAUCUACCUGUCACCAGCUCACAUGUUCUCCUUUUGAUGUGUCAGAAGCUUGUCAAAAGCGCAGUUAUUUAAAUUCUGUUGACUUUCCAACUUUCUAUUUUUGAGCUGUGGGUCCAUCCCUCUGUACCAAUGCCAUUUUGAAUUGGGUCAUCUGUGGUCUGACGAGCAAAGACCUUUCAGUGAUAAUUUUCAUGUUUUUUUUCCCUUGUAUUUUUUAUUUCCUGUUUUUAUGUAACAGUUGCAUGUUAGUUCUGAUUUUCCAAGCGACUGUUACCUGCAACUCCGAGCACUGAGUAAUUGGCAUCAGCACUUCGCUUCGAGGCAGCCAAGAGGAGAUCUGAGGUCUGUCAUGUCAUUCUAGAGAAUCACACUCUCUGCGUAACCAUGACCCAAUAUCGACAGAUGGAUAUUUAGGCCUACUGCUGCUACUCAAAGAUUUUCCUGCCAGCUGAGAACAUUAUUUCUUGACGUCAAUGCCGAUCCCAGCGAUCCUGUCCCAUGUAGACCCAGCCAUGCCUUAAUCUUAAGAGGGAGGUUAGGAAAACUCCUUGGAUCGCCUUCGCCUCUGCUAUACUCAGGCCAUUUUGAACUGCUAAGUCAUUUAUUUCAUGUUACAAAACACCAAUCAGAUCAUUUUGAGGGUGUGUUUUGAUUGCUGCAGAAGCCAAUGCACAAUUUGAAGGUAUUAUUUUGUAUUUGAGAUGCACACUGACCUCAUAAUUAAUACAUUUCUAUCACAGAUGCUAUUUGUGGUCAUUUGGGUUUUGUCAGAUUUGUGGGUUGCUUCCCUGAGAGACUGUUAGGGAAUGAAUUGGAAAUGCAUUUGAGCUCCCAGACAAGGAGCUUGAAUCAUUGUUUAGUCUGUCCUGUAGAACUCAACUGGCACAUUGUUUGAUGUUAAUUUUCCAUUGCUUAAGAAUACUGGGUUCGUUUUGGGAGGAAUGAAUUUGGCUACUAUACUUGACAUCAUCUUAAACCGAGAAAGAAAAAAGCUAGAACUGAUGAAGGUACCCAUUGCACUAAAUUUUUGAUGGUGAUAUGUGUAACGUUUGUCUUGGAUGGCGCCCUCUGUUGGCUCUAUUGAUUUAUUUUGACUGAAACAUCUGUUUAUUCAGUUUUAGAUUCACAGCUGAGUCAUUUGUCUUAAACAUUCAUUCCUAAUCCUUUUAGUAUAUUUGCAUGGCAUUGCAUUAUUUAUCUCCAAAGUGCCGCAAGGCUGAACUGAAGGCUUGUGUAUUGGAUGUCUGAGGGGCAAGGGAAGUUGUUUGUAGACUUAUAAGUCGAGAUCUCCAGGUUCUCUCUUGUGCUAUCUCUCUUACUGAGACGAUUUAGUGCCUUCCCUGCCUGAGGCUGGGCUUCCUCCACACCCCUUUUGUCUUAUGCAAGCCCUUUCUACAAACCUCUGUUAAACCGUCUCUUUGUAAUACUGUAGCCAACGCAUAGUGUGCAUAAUGUUUAAUUUGUCUUUUUUUUUUUUCUUCAAAAGAUAUUUUUCAAGAUUUUUGGUACCUUUGAUCACAGGCCUCAGAAAUAUGGUGUUUUGUUGUAUGUAAAAUGUAAAGUUUUUUUUUUAUAAAAAUAUAUAAAACAUGCGAUAUCUAUUUGAGACUUUGUGUGCGUGUGCAUAUAUUUGUGUGUGUGUGUGUGUGUGUGUGUAUAUAUAUACACACACACACAUACACACACACAACAAAAAAGCAUUCUUUUGUGGAGUUGUGGAAAGUGUCUAUUUUUCUAUUCUUUUCUUUGGCCGGUGUAGUUAUGAACUUUACUCUGCAAUUAGGUGACUAAUGUCUUGGAAAUAAAUAGUUUUGAGUUAUAA